ACUACGUUGUUGUUUUGUAAUACAGUGUAAAUGUAAUUUGAUCUAUACGUACAGAUGAAAUAAUUAUUUUGCAAUAACAUAUCCACUACUGUCUGGUUGGUGUUAGUGUAAAUUCCUGCUCAAUCAACAAGUUGGCUACUUUUAGAAGUCAGCUGGACAGGACAUUUCGUUUUUGUAGUUACACAUUGAUCUGCAUGAUAGAUUUUGUGACACUUGUAAUACAUAGUAUGUACAUUGUAUGUACAUAAUGUAAUACAACACACGAGGAUGCAAAAGCAAGAAGUUACACAGAAGAAGGGAAGAUUGAAGAGCUGUUAGUGGUGUGGUGCAAGUGUACGCUGUUGUCAGAGUCAUUCACAGUUCACAGUGAAAUAGGAGUGAAAGCUCUAUCCCUGCAUGAAUUCUGCACUAGACAUGUCUUUUUCAUCACCAUUGCGUCAAGAACCAAAUGUGAAGCGUACUGAUUCCAAAUUACAACUUCAUAAGAGAGCUAGUGGCUUGUUCUCAUUUCGAAGAAAGAACAAACCUCUUGAGUUUGUACUACCCAACGGAAACACAAUUAUUCUUGAAUCAUGUCCAGGAAACUGGAGUGUUAGAGAAGUGAAGGAUGCUGUGUGGAAAGAACUACAAAAAAGUAAGAAACUUGAUGAACCAGACAUGGCUGACUUUAACAGUCAAGACGACUUCACAUUGAAGUAUCACAUGGAUGGGAAUGUUUAUGAACUUUUUGAUGAGCUGCAGCUGCUGCAAACACUGAAGAUCUAUCGAUCAUGGUUUUUAGGGGACGUCAUUACUACAUCUGGAGCUGUUGGUCAAGUGUUUGUUUCAAGAAAGCACAAACCAGGAGACAGAGAGAAGCAUUUUGAUUUGCGAAUUGGAUACAUAAUGGGUAGAGAUCUGAGAGAGCUGUCAUUUGCCGAUGAUUCGGAAUUGGAUUGGACUAGGAGAGUUCUGACUAGUGUCUGUCAGGAAGCUUUGAAACAGAGAGAUCCCAAGCUGUAUGCCAUGGAACCAGACAUUCUUAGUAUUGCGCCACCAUCACAUGUUCUAAAAAAGUGCACUGAUGGCACAUUAGAAAUUGAGUUUUUUGUUGGUGUUGGUACUGAAACGGGGAUUGUGAUGGAGUUUGAUGUUGGCACAAAAGCAAGCAAUAUUGUAGGUGAAGCAUUUCAGUAUUUUUCUAAGACUGGACAAGCCUCUGGUUCUAUUCAUGAGUACACUUUGAAAGUGUGUGGCUAUGAGGAGUAUGUAUGGGGAGAUCAUAGCAUUUUGAAGUUCAGACACAUUCAGAAGUGCUUGAUCAAUGAAAGUCCUAUUCAGUUGACUCUUGUCAAGACAGUUGAUCCAUCUAGUGACCGGCUUCCUGACAUUUUGCAGAUGGACUUGGUAGAUGACAACUCGUAUCUGGGAGGAACUCAUGAACAGCUGACUGCUGAAAACAAGAAAAAAGAAGAUGUGUUUCUAAUGUCUAUGUGGGAUAUUGAAAAAGAAUUUAGGCUCAAACUGGAGUGGGUUGAUCAUUUGGAAGUGCCAACAGUAAAGAAAAAGUCAGGCGAACUGUUGGAAGUAGGCAAUGUCUUCAUUGAAGCCACAAUUACAAACGGUGGUGCAUUUCUGACUCCCAUCUUGUCAUGUUCUGAGUACAAGUUUGCAUCAGUUGUGAGAUUUACACAGUGGCUCAAAACACAACUGAAGGUCAAAAACAUUCCGAAGGCUGCACGUCUUUGUAUUGUUGUGAAAGCACAUGUUCGAAAUCGAAACUACCCACUACCUAUCUACUGGGUCAACCUUCAACUUCUUGACCACAGAGGUGUGCUAAAGACUGGAAGAAUAAAGUUGUUCCUUUGGCCAACGAGUGAUUUGAAAAGUUUGCUAAAAGAUGAUGUCGGUUUUCCUGGAUUUGGGCUGCAGUUGAGUGGAUCUGUAGCUCAGAACCCAAACGCUCAUGCUCCAUCUCUUUACAUGGAAUUGGAUAAGUAUUGUCAUCAUGUGGCUUGCCCCCACAGUGCCACAAGUGAAUCUCUAGAGGGUCAGUCACCGAGUAUUCCGAGCCAUCAUUAUAAGGGUCCACCUGCAGGCUCUCCAAUGGAAGAGAUGCUGCUAAAAAUUAUACGAUCAGAUGCACUAAUAAAAUUGGAUGAUACAGAAAGAGAUCUGGUUGAAGCUUAUCGUCACUACCUCAGCAAGAACUAUCCAGAGGCGCUGCCCAAGUAUCUGCUGUCUGUCAAGUGGUGGGAUGUGCACUGUGUGCUUGAGGCUCGUCAUUUGGUUGGAAAUUGGGUCGGCCCUAUGUCUCUUGAGGUGGCUCUUCAACUUCUUGAUUAUCAGAUUGCAGAUGAGGAUGUGCGCCAAUUGGGUGUUAAACGAUUGGAAGUACUGCAGAAUGACGAACUGGAGCUCUAUUUACUGCAAUUGGUUCAGGUACUCAAGUUUGAGCCCUAUUAUGACAACAGCUUGACACGUUUUUUGCUGAAGAGGGCGUUACUUAGCAAACGGCUCGGCUUUCGAUUUUUCUGGUAUCUCGCUGCAGAGUUAGAAGCUCCUGAAUAUCGACACAGGUUUGCUGCUUUGUUGGAAGCUUACCUCAGAUACUGUGGCAGCAAUGUGUUGGAUGAGCUAUACAAACAACGUCAUGCUGUGAAUACACUCAGGUCAAUCACGAAGAGUCUGAAAGAGUUUUUGAAUAUGAAAGGAACACAACGAGAGCAGGGGGUAGAUUUUUUGCAUGAGAAGCUUUCUGCAGCAAUUGCUAAUCGUGAUUUUCCACCAACGUUUCUUCUUCCGUACAACAGCAGCCUUCGUGUUGGCUACCCUAUUGCGACUUCCUGCAAGUUCAUGACUUCUAACAAGAAGCCAUUGUGGCUAGAGUUUAAGAAUGUGGACUCAUUUGGUAAGUCAGAUGAGCCAGUUCGGAUUAUUUUCAAAGUAGGUGACGAUCUUCAUCAGGACAUGCUGUCACUUCAAAUGCUUAAUGUCAUGGAAAGAUUAUGGCAUGAGAAAGGUUUCAACUUUCAUCUAUUACCGUAUGCAUGUUUGGCAACAGGAAUGAAAGAAGGACUGAUUGAAGUGGUUCCAAAGGCAGAGACAAUAGCCAGGAUUCAGAUGAAGGCUGAUGAGGUGAAGUCAGCAUUAGAGAGAAACUUGAAGUUGUCAACUUUAAAGACUGAUACAAUUAGCGAGUGGCUGAAGGGUUGCCUCAUCAGGUCACCAGGAUGGAGAAGUAUGUUGACAGAAGACAUGAUAGUGGACAAAUUUGUGCUUUCAUGUGCUGGCUAUUGCAUUGCUACCUAUGUUUUGGGCAUUGCUGAUCGACACAGUGACAACAUCAUGCUGACCACAGAUGGUAAUUUGUUCCACAUCGACUUUGGGCAUUUUUUGGGAAAUGUCAAGUACUUCAGAUGGCUUAAACACAUUGAGAUCAAGAGAGAACGGCUGCCAUUUGUUCUCACUCCAGACUUCGUUCAUGUAAUGGGAGGCCAAAAUGGUGAAGCAUUUUUGCGGUUUCGCAAGAAGUGUGGAGAAGCAUAUGCUGUGUUACGUGAAAGAUUAAAUUUAUUUAUCAAUUUGUUUCACAUGAUGAUUCCCAGUGGAAUGAAGGAACUUAGCGGGGCAAAGGACAUCACUUAUCUACAGAAGGCUUUGUGUUCUGAUUGCAACGAACAGAAAGCUGAGGAACACAUCCAAGCUCAGAUUAACUGCUGUUUGCAAGAUGGUUGGACCACUAUGAUUGACUGGUGGUUCCAUCGUGCCCGUCAACCAAAGUCCUCAUCCUGAUUAGAGACAAACAGGGUAGACCAGUGCAGCACUUAUUAUAUAUUAUUAAAUAUUUCAUCUACUUAGUUUAGGACUUUUUAUGACACUAACGUGUGUGCUAGGUUUAUAUUGCUUAGCUAUACACUUACUGUGUGGCCUAUUUGUCACUGUCACUGUAUAUGUCGUCAAUGUCGACUGUAGUUCUCUAGCUUUAAUUUGGCUGUUUCAAUGCAGAUGUCCGUUGUUGCACGAAUCCAAUUAC